AUGGUUUCUGGCAAUGCAGCUACAUACCAGGCAGUAUCAAGUCAUCUGCGACAAUUAUUCGAUUCCCAGUUCAUGGAAGAAGCCCUCAACCAAGAAGGAACACAAAGGAAUUUCAUCCCAGCUAGAGCCCCAUGGUACGGUGGUUGGUGGGAGCGCCUGAUAGGUUUAACCAAGAUCACGCUAAAGAAAGUUCUCGGACAUCGAUGCAUUAAUUUAGAAGAACUUCAGACGAUAACCACGGAAGUAGAAGUUGUUCUAAAUGAUCGACCGAUUACAUACGUGACGUCAGAUGAUUCAGAUCCACAACCGUUAACACCGGCACACUUAUUAUACGACCGGCAGGUGAAGAGUUUACCGACAAAGAAUGCACCAAAAGAAUCGGUAUCAGAUCCAGCAGUUGGCAACCGUUCCAGUAUUACUAGACGAGCCAGGGUCCAGAAGGAACUAAUCGAGCACUUCCAGGAACGGUGGCGCCACGAGUAUUUGACGGCGUUGCGCGAGUAUCACCAAGUGACAGGUAACAACAAGCAGACGAUAUCAGUAGGUGACGUGAUACAGAUCCAUGAUGACACACAUCGUGCGCGGUGGAGAUUAGGUGUGAUACACAAACUUACAUAUGGGAAAGAUGGACUGAUUCAUGCAGCCAAAGUAAAAUUGAAUAGUGGAAUAUCAGUGCGACCAAUUAUAAAACUGUAUCCGUUGGAAACAAAGUGA